UUCGCAAGUAAAUGAGCCGACGCUGUUUCUUGCACACGUUAAAAAUAAAGUAAUCAGUUAAUUAAAAAAAUGCCGUGGACUAGCACGAACAGAAUUUAUGCGAAACCCUCGAACACGAGUUCAGGUGAAGGAGCCCCGAUUCCUUUGACGAACACUCCUAAAGCGGCGGCAACAGCAGCUGCAGACACGGGUGGUCGCUUUGAACUAAGCGAUCAUGGAUAUGGGAAGGGUUCAGUGAAACUAUUGCACGUCUACCGUGAUGGAGAGUACCACGUUAUCCGAGAAUUCGAAGUGUCAACAGAACUAAAGCUGAGCAGUGAAUCGGCAUACGUGAUCGGCGACAAUAAAGAAGUAGUCGCCACAGACUCGCAGAAGAACACAGUCUACUUACUGGCCAAGAAAUACGGUAUUAAGACUCCAGAAGAAUUUGGUGCGGUUGUAGUGAAUCAUUUCCUAUAUACGUAUAGGCAAGUUUUAGAAGCAAAGUGUCACAUAAUUGAGUAUCCCUGGGAAAGGUUACAGGCUGGCGUACCUCAUAAUCAUGCUUUUGUUUUCGCGCCGACUGCAACAAGGUGGUGCGAAGUAUCUCAAGUUAGACAUGAGGCAGUCCUGGUAAAAUCAGGUCUGAGUGGUUUAAGAGUUCUGAAGACAACGCAAUCGGCGUUCGUCGAUUUUGUACAAGAUGAAUACACAACGUUAGCAGAUUCCCCAGAAAGAAUAUUCAGUACAAUAGUUGAAGCAGAAUGGUCGUACGACAAUAUGAAAUCAGCGGACUUUGACAAUGCCUGGUUGACUGUCAAAGAUGCCAUCCUUGAGAAAUUCGCCGGCCCUCCAGACACCGGUGUUUAUUCACCAUCUGUACAACACACACUAUAUCAGGCAGAAAAAACAGUUCUAGAAAAAGUGGCUGAGAUAUCGUGGAUCCGCAUGACAAUGCCGAACAAACAUUACCUCAACAUCGAUGUUUCCAAGUUCCCCGCGAAUGUGACGAAAGGAGAUCCCCGCCAUUACAUCUACCAACCCAUAGACAAGCCAGCAGGUCUCAUUUAUGCGCAACUUCGCAGGAGACCAAAGAGCCACUUGUGACCUUCAGUCAUCUAGGAUUUUUCAUAAGACUUACUUAGGCCAUAACUUAUUGCGUUUUAAGAAUAAUACGAUUUGUAAGUGAAAAUUGCUUCUUUUAUUUUAAUGUUCGGUAGCGAAUAGUGAUUGAAUUUAGUUUCACACUAUACGAGCUAUAUCAGAACUGUGCAACUGACAAAAACGUUUGGUUUUUUGAAUUAAGAAGAUUCUACAAAUAUUUUUAAUUUUACUCUAUAUUGCAUACGUCACUCGAAAUUAAUAAUCACUCUUGAAGUCCACAGAUUAAAGAAUACUUUUAGUAAUGAACAUUAUUAACAGUGAGAAAGGUUAACGUUAUUAAAUAUUAUCUUCGAUGUUGAAGAAUAGAUAGUUUAUUAUUAAAUUCAGGCGUAUGAAUAUAUAUCAGGUGCAGCAAUUUUCAUGAAUGCGAUUAGACAUAUAGAGAUUAGGGUGUGUGAAUGUCCCGCGAAGGGUGGAAAUGUUCGACUUAUUUUCACGUGUAUUUCAGUUGAGUAUUGUAUCAAUGCGAAGGUGUUUUGUCUUGUGUGAACAAUAAUAAAUUCCCUUAUAAUAAGGGCAAUGAAACCGUUAAUAAAGCUUAAUCAAUAAUAUUAUACAAAUAUUUGUAUUUAAGUUAAGGUUUCUGAUAUAUAUGUAAAGCUACUGUUGUUGUAAUAAAUGUAAAUAAAAUGAAACAACAAUAUUCACUAAAGGCUGAUUUUUCAAUAGUUCUAUAACCUGAGGGGAAAAAUGGCCAGAUUUGAAAUAUAACCAUUAUCACAGCAUUAUAUUAAUUUCAUAGUUAAAGAUUAUUUAACGAUGGAAAAUCAGGCCUAAAUAAUAUAUACAAAUAGUCUAGUCAAUCACAAAAUAGCGUACUAUUAAAAAGUAUCUAGAUAAACUUAAGUUUAUAUAUAUAUAAGGGCAGAUUUUUCAAUCCUUAGAUACGCCCACUGAGUAAUAAAAAAAAACAAUUUGAUCCUCAAGUUUAAUAUUUGGCGAUCAAAUCGACCCUUAAUAUGACAAUUUGUAUCACAGAAUGAUCUAAAGCUUGUUAAUGUUUAUUUUACUGUUGUAAUAAAUGUCAUUGAACUAUAACA